AUGAAGGGUACAGUCUCGAUCUGCUGUUGUCUCACCCUGCUGCUUUUGCAGGCCACAGCAGAAGAGGAAGAUUUCACAUCCACCCUAAGAGACAGAUCUCACAUUGAUGAGACACUGAGGCUUGCAACUGAAGAAAAAGCAGGAGACUAUGCAGCGGCUAUUCAAAAUUUGCGGAAGAUCUAUCAUUCAUCCAUCAAGCCAAUGGAGCAGGCCUACAAAUACAAUGAGCUGAGACAGCAUGAGAUAUCAGCAUACCCCGGACGCACCCUGGGGGACUCAGCCACAGAUGGCGAGAUUACCUCGAAGCCCAUGGUGCUGUUCCUUGGACCCUGGAGUGUAGGAAAGUCCUCCAUGAUCAAUUACCUCCUGGGCUUGCAGGACAGCCCCUAUCAGCUUUACACAGGAGCUGAGCCCACUACCUCAGAGUUUACAGUUAUAAUGCACGGGGAGAAGAUCCGCUCGGUUGAGGGAAUUGUCAUGGCAGCAGACAGUUCUCGCUCCUUCUCUCCUCUGGAAAAGUUUGGUCAAAACUUCCUGGAAAAGCUGAUUGGCAUUGAGAUGCCUCACAAGCUGCUGGAACGGGUGACAUUUGUGGACACACCAGGAAUCAUUGAGAACCGCAAGCAGCAGGAACGAGGUUAUCCUUUCAACGACGUUUGCCAGUGGUUCAUUGAUCGUGCUGAUCUGAUCUUUGUGGUGUUCGACCCCACCAAGCUGGAUGUUGGCCUGGAGCUGGAGAUGCUUUUCAGGCAGUUGAAGGGUCGUGAGUCACAGAUUCGCAUCAUCCUAAACAAAGCUGAUAAUCUGGUCACCCAGGACUUAAUGAGGGUCUAUGGAGCACUGUUUUGGAGCUUAGCUCCCCUUAUCAAUGUCACCGAACCCCCUCGUGUCUACGUCAGCUCCUUCUGGCCGUAUGAUUAUGCACCCGACACCAGCCGUGAGCUCUUCAAGAGAGAGGAGAUCUCCCUCCUGGAAGAUCUUAACCAGGUGAUUGAAAACCGCAUGGAAAACAAAAUUGCCUUCAUCCGCCAGCAUGGCAUCCGUGUACGCAUCCAUGCCCUGCUGGUAGACCGCUAUGUCCAGACCUUCAAAGAGAAAAUGAGCUUCUUCAGUGACCCCGAAUUAGUUUUUAAGGAGAUUGUGGAUGACCCGGACAAGUUCUACAUUUUCAAGUCCAUCCUAGCCAAGACCAAUGUCAGCAAGUUUGACCUGCCAAACCGAGAUGCUUACCGCGACUUCUUUGGCAUCAAUCCAAUCACUAACUUCAAGCCCCUGUCUACUCAGUGCUCCUAUAUUGGAGGCUGCCUGCUGGAUAAGAUUGAGAAGGCAAUCACCAAUGAGCUGCCUGGUCUUCUGAGUGGCAUUAACUCUGGCAAGCAGCCCGGGCUGUCAUCCUGCGAGGCAACUGGUUGUGGUGAGAAGCCAAAGAAUCGUUACCGAAAGAACUGA